CUUAUAUUUUCCUUUCUUCUCUACGGUUCGACCCCAAAUCUGUUUCCAGAACCAGAGGGUAUAGAUAUGGAAGUCCCUGAGAAAUUCAAAGAAAUGAUGGAGAAUGAAUCUGAUGAAGACGAUGAAUUGGAGAAGAUCUGUGAAGCUUUUAUAUGUUGUGUUUGUCGCGUUCUGCUUCUUUUCUGCAGAGAUCUCCUUUACAAGCCUGUUGUUUUAGCUUGUGGCCAUAUCUCGUGUUUCUGGUGUAUUCACAAGUCCAUGAGUGGCCUGCACAAGUCCCGUUGUCCAAUAUGUAGGAAUCAAUAUUAUCAUUUCCCAUAUAUAUGUCAGAAGCUUCACUUGCUGCUCUUGAAAAUGUAUCCUAGUGCCUAUAAGAGAAGGGAAAACCAAACUUUAGAAGAGGAGAAGGAUAUGGGCUACUUCUCCCCGCAAAUCGGUGCUCCUGAAUACCAGUUACAACCUGAACCAAAGAUAAUUAAGCCAUCCAAUGCUUCAGUGCCCUGCUUUUCUGAAACGGACUCAUCACUCAAUCCAUGUUCUGUCAGAGCAGGGGAGACUCUGGACAGUAUGGAGCAUGUACACUCUGGUUCAGUUCAUCAGGAUAUUGGCUUGGGAAAUCUGCUAGAAAGCAGAAAAGAUACCGCAGCAACUAGUGCCCCCAUUGCUGAAGAUAGAAACUCAAACCAGAUACAUCGCAGUGGAACUUGCAAGCAGGCCUCAGUUGAUGAUGUGUUGUGUGAUUCCUGUAACCACAUGCUUUUCCGCCCUAUAGUUCUUAACUGUGGGCAUGCAUUUUGUAUCUGCUGCAUUGUCCCCCAAACGAGUGAGAUGCUCAAGUGUCAAGUUUGUCAAAGUCCGCAUCCAGGUGAUAUACCAAAAGUAUGCUUGGAGUUUGAUCAUUUUCUGGAGGAACAAUUUCCCAAAGAAUAUGGGUUGAAAAGAGAAGCUUUACAGAUGAAGCACGAGCAGUUCCUGAGCAAGUCUCCAAGUACAUGUUCGUCAGAAGCUGGUAAGGAAAGUUUCCAUUUUUCAUUUUCUUCAGGAGAGGAUCCUUUGCCCUGGUGGAAUGCGAGCUCAAAAGUCCAUAUCGGAGUUGGUUGUGAUGCAUGUGGGAUGUAUCCUAUAAUUGGUGAUAGAUACAGGUGCAAAGAUUGUGUGGAGCAAAUAGGCUACGACCUAUGUAAAGAUUGCUAUAGUACCCGUUCUAAGCUUCCUGGCCGGUUUAAUCAGCAGCACACCUCGGAGCACAAGUUUGAAAUUGUGAAAUCAAAUGCAAUGCAUAAUAUUAUGUUAAGACUUCUAAGGGGACAAUUACAAGAAGUUUCUGCUGUCUCUGAUGCCCUGCACGACACCUCAGCCAGUGCGAUCCCUUCAUCCGAUAAUACCAAUGAAGAUGAAGAAAAUGUUGCUGAUGCUACUCGUCCCUCAUCUGAGACAGAACCAAAUGAGAGCGAAAAUCAGCGGUUGGCAUGAUAAGUUACAAUUCAUGGAUCUGCUAUUGGAUAACUGGCACAGGUGAUGAAAAAUGUGCUAGGGUUCUGCCAUUCGCCAGCCUUGCACUUUCUAGAGCUCAAGUGUUCCGAUAAUUGGCCCGCCGUCAGGUCUUCCGGACUUUAAAAAGAGGUAUUCAUUCGUCGAUAAAUGGAUCAACCCAGUUCAGAAACGAAUAUAUGUAAAGCAGACUACAGUUUCUGUGUCUCAUACUGCUAUAAAAGCGGUGUUCCAAUUCUUUCAAUUUGCCUGUAAAUUAUGUAUCAUUGAAUCACUAAACCAUUCUGAAUCUCCACUUGAUAUUACUCCUAUGUGAAGUAAUAAGUGCUGAUAAUUUGUAGUUACAUUGAAAUCAUGACUAAGUAUAGAUAUUUUUCCUUGGAACUUCCCUCAA